UUACGUCACUAGCUUUCCGUAAACAAUUGUGGAACUCUUGUGUGAAGAUCGUAUGUUAAAAUGUCAGCGCCUGAUUUAUUAAGCGGGUGUGCAGUAGCACAUGAACAGGAAUUAAUGGAUACCAAAGGCUCAUCCUCCCCAUCGAUUGAGAAGGAGGACACAGAUGAACCUAGUGAUAUAGAGGAGGGUGGUCUGGACCUUAAUGUAUCUUUACAGCCAAUAAGUUCCUACAUGGCAGACAGGAAGGAAAUGCUUGAACAGUGCUUUCGGGUGAUUGGAGAGAAGAAGCUGCAAAAGAUGCUGCCUGAUGUGCUUAAGAGUUGUUCCAUAGAAGAAAUUAAGCACCUUUGUUUAGAACAACUUGAACUUUUACCAGAAAAAAAACUGCUACAUAUUUUGGAAGGUGAAGAUGCAUUGGGAUCAUCAGAUUCAGAAGAUGAAGAAGAUGCAGAUGGUGAUAUUAAUAAGGAAAAAGCCAGUAUGGAAAGCCAGCAAGAUAACAAUGUAGACUCCACUUCUUCCUUGAAAGAAUGUGUGGAAGUGGAAGCAAUGGAAUUAAAGCAAGAAGGAGGUGCUUCCGAUGAUGACAGUGAUGCACUCAGCAUCAAUGCAGAGGAGUAUGACAGUGACAUUGGAGGAGCAUGUGAUGGUGCAGAUGAGAACACGUGUAAUGUUAAAAGCAGUGGUGGGACCAUUACCAAGCCAGCCAACAACCUCCAGCAGGACAUCGAGACAAGUGAUGUAUGUGCAAGUGACAUUGCUCCAAACAAAUGAGAGAGAAAGAGAAAAGAAGUCACCAGUUAUGAAUAUCAACUGUCUUCUUCUAAUCACAGAACUUGAUGCUGCAGCUACCUCAGAGAAAGGUCCUCAGAAAAUAGAUUGGUCUAUUUAUAACAAGUUUUUUUGAAGCUUGGAAAUUUCCAUCAAAGGACUUAGCGUGUCAUUAAUGUACUAGUGGUAUUAAGCUGGAGAGGUUGACUAAAAUGCUUAAAGUGAUUUUGUCAGUGUUGCAGUCUGACAGUUCUACACUGCAUCAUUUUGUUAUAAGUUCCAUAACAUUCAGGCAGUUCUUUUCUUCCCUUACAUUUAUUUGUUCCUAGCUUUAUUUACUUAGUGGUUUUGUACUGAAUUUUGUAUUGAUUUUUGUUAGCACCUCAGAGAAAGGGGAUAUUUCUAAUUUUUUCAAUAUUUAAAAUGUUCCAUAUCAUCAGAAUUAGUCACAUUUAACUUCGCCAAAACAAAAAAAAAACUGCUUAAUCUGCUAUAUUUGGUGAAGAAAGCAAACAAAUAAUCACUAGCUUUGCUAUAGUUAAUGCAAUGGCUAGUAUUACUGCAUUAUAUUUUUUGAUUUGUUAGCAUUGUCACCUCACAACAAGAAGUUCCCCGGUCCCAUUCUCAGCUGGGGUGCCUUCUGUGCGAAGUAUGCAUGUCCUCCCUGUGUUCACGUGGGUUUCGUCUGGGCGGUCCAGUUUCCGCACACAUUUCAAAGACAUGCAGUAGGUGGAUUGGACACUCUAAAUUGGCCCUAGGUGUGUGUGUGUGCGCGCAAAUGUGUGGUACGGAUGAGCUGACAUGGCAGGGCUAGUCACCCAGUAGUGUAAGCCUUGGCUGUAGAUGAUUGUUACUGUUGAAGUGACACCCCAGCGCCAUGUGCAAAAAUGGGAAAAAGGGGUUGAGGUUGGAUGGAUGGAUUUUUAGAUUCUCUGAUUCUCUUCCCAGCUGGGGUGCCUUCUUUAUGAGGUCUGCAUGGGUUUCCAUUUUUCUUACACAUCCCAAAGACACAUCUGAAAAUGAACUGGCAGUGCUCAAAAUUGCCCUUAGGUGUCUGUUAUGCAAUGUACUGUUGCCUCAUUUAGGAUUUCUCCCUUUGACACACAGGAUAGAGAAGGCAUCAGAAGAUGAAUGAAUGAGUUGUGUACUUUGCCUGUUAUUCUCCCCUUGGUAAGGUUCAGUAAUUCUGUUCACAAACCUAGUUUUAAUGAUUUGUAAAUCUUAAGUGUUGUAGUUAUGGGGUAUUAAAUGCUUAUAUGUCCGUAGAUGAGGACUAGGCUAUCUGCCCUUGCAUGCUAUUUUAAGCCUAGCUAGUUUUUUGGUGCUCGAAUUAACCUAUCCCAUUUGGUUAUAGAGUGACCUUACCCACCCCAUGG